UUCUCUCCACAGCCCCCGGGAUGCCCCCUCCGUGCCGCCCCCCGUCCCCUCUGCGCUGUGUCCAGGCCCUCAGCGCCCUCCUGGCGCUGGCGCUGGCCGCGGCCCCCGGCUACUGGAUCCCGGGCGAGGGCGACGGCUGCUUGUCCGCCUGGGCCUUGUCCUUCGUCUUCACCACCCUCCUCCUCCUCAACGACGCCUUCCGCCGCCCGCCGCCCCGCCGCGACCUGCCGCUGGCGCUGGCCACCGCCGCCGCCAUGGCUUGUGCCACCGCCACCGUCCUGUGGCCGCUGGGCCACCUCCGGGGACACGAGGGUGGCCAAGGCCGCCCCCGCGCCCUCCGCGCCGCCGCCACGGCCGCCUCGGCCGUCGCCACGCUGGCCUACGCCGCCGAGGUGACCCGCGACCGGGCGCGACCCGGCGAGGCCGCCCCGUACCUGGCCACCCCCUCGGGGCUGCUCAAGGUGGCCGAAGCCUUCCUC